AGAUGGCGACCUCAGACGAUCUCAAUGAUUUUAACGAAGAAGCAUUUUACCAACAACUGCUUCUUGAAGAAACUAAAUACUUGCAAAAGAAAGCAGGGGAUGAUUCAAUAGAAUUUAUUCCCGAUCCUGGAUUCGUGCUCAAGUCCAAAAUAAGUAGCGAAGGUAGAGAAAAGAAGGUUUUCGUUAAUAUUUGUACAUCAAAACACAUACCGAAAGCUAAAGAAGUCACUGAGAAAGAACUCGCUGAGAUCCUUGAUUCUGAAGAUCCCAUGAGGUAUAGAGUACCUUUAAGCUUAGGAGAACCUCACGCGGAGAUAGACAAGAGUGGCAACGGAUGUACAGUAUAUGACAUAGUGAUUCAUCCAUCAUUUCUGAAGAAAGUCCAAGAAAAUUCAUUCUUUCAGAACUUCUUCCUUACUGUAGUAUUUCAAGGACUAGAGGAGAAAUAUGGACUUGAGCUUGAUAGAAACUGGACAAUAUUAAAAAAUAAGAAAAGCAUGGGUAAAGUCCAGUCUCACUUUAUAAGAAAUAAAAGCAAACCAGUCAUUAUGGACAUGGAAAAUAAUUCUCAGAAUACAAGUCAGCCUGUGGUCAAAGAUGGUGCACAGCCAAAUAAAAUACAGGAGAUUGAACCAGAUGUACGGCCUACACCAGAACCAAAAUAUAGGGUCCUAAUUGAACCCCCUGAAGGUGUACCAGAGUUUGUUGUUCUGGAAAUAUCCCUACCUGGAGUGAAAUCAGCGAAAGUUAUCGAUUUGGAUGUAAGUGGUGACAGGCUAGUUUUACAGGUUAACACAGAUCUGUAUCGUCUAGAUAUUCAGUUACCUCAUGAUGUUGAUAAUGAAGAGUGUGGUGCACAAUUUAACAAGAAAACAAAG